AUGCCAUACCUCCCCUAUCACGAACUACCCAUAACCACUCUCCUCUCCCUAACAUCAUUCUUCCUCCUCCUCAACACAACCCGCUACAUCUUCAACCACCUCCUCUACUGCGGUCUCGUAGCUGAGAUCCUCAUAGGAAUAAUAUGGGGUCUCCCUAUCAGCGGAACAUCACUACUCUCAUUGGAAACUCAAUCAACAGUCCAAUCCCUCGGCUAUCUAGGACUUAUUGCUCUAGUUUUCGAAGGGGGAUUGGAAACUGAUAUGAAGCCACUAAAGAGAAGUAUGGGUAUGAGCAUCUCGGUUGCUACAGUUGGACUGAUUGCUCCUAUUGCUUUGAGCUUUUUGCUGUUAGUAUUCCCGUUUGGUGAAGGUGUGAGAGAGUGGUGGCCUACGCCCCUUGCGGGUUUUUCGGCGGGUGCGGCGUUAUGUUCGACUAGUUUGGGAACUACGUUCGUGGUCUUGGGGGAGGCGGGGAUGCAGAAGACGAGAGCGGGGACGAUACUUGUUGGGGCUGCGAUGAUGGAUGAUGUUGUGGGUUUAGUAUGUUGUUACUUCCCUCUUGGAUUAUUUCUGUUGGCCGCAAACAAUCGUUCGCUAAAUUUAUCUAGGUAAUGGUAAACAUAGUAACAACACUCGGAGAAGGGUUUUCAAAACCUUGGCUUAUUGCUCGACCUAUCGUCGCAAGUUUCAGUCUCAUGGUCAUAAGCAUAGUUCUGGCUCACUUUGUCUCAACGCCAACCUGGCCACUCAUCAUCAAAUACUUAUCACAAGAUACCAAUCUUGGAGCACCCCUGGGGCACUCAUCUUCUCAGGCGUUAAGAUCCACCUAUCAAAGAAGAAUGAGUAAGCUCGUUUAUCAAAUUCCUCACCUGGAAUUUUGUCUCUCUACUUUAGUACUUAUUAUCUAUGUUACUAUUGCGACUUUUAUCAAUGCUUCGGUCCUUCUUGCUGCUUUCAUUGCUGGUGGGAUGGUUAGCUUCUUGUGGAAACUUCACCCUGACCAGCAACGAGAUGUUGCUGAAGAUGAGAUUCAUGGACUUUUGGAGCCGGCAUCGAAAUUGUUUCAUGAUUAUUUUAGGCCGUUGACGGAAUAUGUUCUUGUUCCGUUCUUUUUCGUGAGUGUUUUCUGUCACUCUGGUCUUUCUGAAUAUUUUCUGCGGUUUCUGUGAAUCCAUAGCCGAUGAGCACAGUGCAAAGGUGUCCCGAUUGCUAACAAGUAGCUCUCCUCCAGGCAUCCAUCGGGUUCUCAAUUCCUAUAACACAGAUGUUCAAAAGUUCCAUCCUAUGGAAAGGAAUUAUCUACGCCAUUCUGAUGAUCAUCGGCAAAGCUCUUGUCGGAAGCGUCAUUUAUUUCGAAUAUUUCCUCAAAAGAUAUCAACAAAAGUCUAUUCAUAUGAGCUCUCAAACACCUCCAGAAUCUCAACAACCCACUAUCGUCAGAGCAACAACAUCGACCCCCCAACCUACUCCUCCAGCACCACAACACCAAUUCUCACUACCGCUAUCCCUAACCCCAUCCCCAGAAGUCUUAAAGCCUCCUCACUCAACAGCACUCCUCAUAAGUCUAGCCAUGGUAUCUAGAGGCGAAAUAGGAUUCCUGAUAGCGUCUCUUGCUCAAAUUUCGAAUUCCUUUACGCUUCACAGAAAAGAUGGAACUAUAGUUCCUUCCAGCGAGGAGUUGUUCAUGGUUGUUAUAUGGGGUGUGGUGAUUUGUACGAUUUUUGGGCCUGUGGCUGUAGGGGCCGUGGCUAGGAGGACCAGAAGUGGUUCUUGAGGCCUUGGGAUGCUGGAGGUGGAUGGUGAUGAAGUUUAAGCCUUUAUCUUGUGAUAUCGUGAUAUUGCGAUAAUAUUGGGUUGCUGGACCCAGAAAGAAGCUAUGAAAUAGACAAAC